AGGUGGGGGGACAGGCAGCAGGAAGGUCGGGGUAAGUGAAGGGAAGGUGAGGGGUGACGAGCUCAGAGAGGAGGAGACGGUCGGUGGGGUGAAUAGGGGAUCCCGCUGGGGUUCCGGGUCGAGUGCAAACCUGAGCGUGUUUGGAAAUUGGGAGACUUGGGGGCGAACGAGACUUAGGGCCCCCCUCCCGCCUCGGAGACGGGGCGACAUGUCCGGGGCGUGGGACCCCAGGCUGGUGAGGUUGGCCUUGUUGCAGCAGCUCCGGGCUGUCUACGGUAUCAAGGUGAAGGGCGGCCGUGGCCUGAGCGAUCGCAGGAGACACGAAGCCGCAGCCACGGAAAUAGUGGGUAAAAUAUUUGGAGUGCCUUUUAAUGCAUUGCCGCAUUCUGUUGUACCUGAAUAUGGACAAAUUCCAAGCUUUCUUGUUGAUGCUUGCACAUCUUUAGAAGAGCAUAUUCACACAGAAGGACUUUUUAGGAAAUCAGGAUCUGUUACUCGUCUAAAAGCACUAAAGAAUAAAUUGGAUCAUGGUGAGAGUUGCUUGUCUUCUGCACCUCCUUGUGAUAUUGCAGGACUUCUUAAACAGUUUUUUAGGGAAUUGCCAGAGCCUCUUCUCCCAGCUGAUUUACAUGAAGCACUUUUCAAAGCACAGCAGUUAGGUACAGAGGAAAAGAAUAAAGCUACGUUACUGAUCUCCUGUCUUAUUGCUGACCACGCAAUUGAUGUAUUAAGAUAUUUCUUUAACUUUCUCAGGAAUGUUUCUCUUAGAUCUAGUGAGAAUAAGAUGGAUAGCAGCAAUCUUGCAGUUAUAUUUGCACCAAACCUCCUUCAAACAAGUGAAGUACAUGAAAAGAUGUCUGCUAACACAGAAAAAAAGCUACGAUUACAGGCUGCAGUAGUACAGACUCUUAUUGAUUAUGCAUCAGAUAUUGGCCAUGUUCCCGAUUUUAUCCUGGAAAAGAUACCGGCUAUGUUGGGUAUUGAUGGUCUCUGUACUACUCCAUCACUGGAAGGCCUUGAAGAAGGUGAAUGUGAAACUCCUGGUGACUGUAAGAGAAAGCAAAGACAGAGUGUAGGAGAUUUUGUUAGUGGAGCAUUGAAUAAACUUAUAUCUAACAGAACACCCUCUAUUACACCUCAGCAGGAAAGAAUCACUCAGGUAUCUGUAUCACCAGUGAUUCUUACACCAAAUGCUAAGCGUAAACUGCCAGUAGAGUCUUCUCAUGGUUUCUCAAGUAAGAAAAGGAAACCCAUCAAGCACAAUUUCAACUUUGAAUUAUUGCCAAGUAAUCUCUUCAGUAGCAAUUCUACUCCAGUAUCAGUUCACCUUGAUACAAGCUCAGAAGGGUCAUCUCAGAGCUCACUCUCUCCUAUAGUCAUCGGUGGAAACCAUUUGAUCAGUACAGGUGUGCUAAGGCGAAGUAAAAGGAUUGCGAAUAAAAAAGUUUGCAGGGUAGAAUCAGGAAAAACAGGCUGCUUUUCUCCUAAAGUCAGUCGUAAAGAAAAGGUUCGAAGAUCUCUUCGUUUGAAAUUUAGUUUGGGGAGAAGUAGCAAAGAUGUAAAUGAGUGUUCUGGUAUCAAGAGACAUGAAAAUGUUGGUCGACGACUUGCAAAUCAACAAAAUUUAAAAAAUAGAAUUGAAUGUGUAAAAACCGGUCUACUUUUUAGCCCAGAUAUUGAUGAAAGAUUAACAAAGAAAGAUUCAAAAAAGAUCAGUAAGUCUGAGGAAAACUUACUAACUCCAGAGCGACUUGAUGGAACAAGUUACCGGAUGUCUUGGGCAGGACCUAGUAAUUCAAAUUUUCAAGAAAUAGAUGUAAAUGAAGCUUCUCCAGUAGAGGCAAGUUGUGACACGGAGAACUCUUUGGAGCCUGAUAGUAUGAUUGAAAAGUCACCUGUUAGUUCAUAUGAUCUCACUCCUAAUAUAUUCAAUAAGCAUAAUAACAACUUAACUGGAGGCUCUCUUAGUGGGGAAGGAAAUAACUUGACCACAGAGACUUUGGAGAAAAUUCAGAAAGCAUUUUCUGAAUCUGGAAGUGAUCUUCAUACAUUGAUAAAUCAUAGGGAGUCAUCAGUAACUAAUGUAGGGCAAGUAAAAUUAAAUGAAACCUGUUCUAUAGAAUAUAGCCCAGAGAAAAAUUUAUUUGAAACUAAUGAUUUGACUGUUAUAGAAUCAAAUGAAUGCCAUACUAGCACACAUGAAAAUAGUUUUUCAGAAAGAAAUUUAUCAUUACAUCAGACUCAAAAAUUGGAUGGAGAAACAAUUAUGAAAUGUUACCCAACUCAGAUGAAUAUGGAAAAUGACAAUAGCAUUCAUGCAGAUAGACCAAAAGAUAAUUUAAGCAAGCAAGAAUGGCCUAUCGAUGAACAAAUGAAACAGCAGUCCCCAGCAGAUAAACUAAAUCCUACAUUAAAGAAGACUGAGGAUAUAAUUGAAGAGAACUUUCUGCAAUGUGCAACUUCUAGGGAGGAUGAGGAUGCAGCUAAGACCACUUCUGUAGAGCAGAUUACAUGUAACAGAACCAACUUGUCAAAACCUAGGCUUGUGAGAAUUGUUAAACAGCAGUCAUUGAUGGAAAGAGGGGAUAAAACGGUUUCUGAAAGUUUACGAGUGACAGAGCAUGGUAAGGUUUCAGACCAUAUACAGUGGUUUAACAAGCUUUCUUUAAACGAACCAAAUAGGACAAAGGUUAAGUCACCCCUUAAGUUUCAACGUACACCUGUCCGUCAGUCUGUCAGAAGAAUUAAUUCUUUGUUGGAGUAUAACAGACAGCCAGUAAGGCGUAAAUUGACAAGUCUCGGUGAUGCUGCUUCUCCCCUGGUUAAAGCAGUAAGCUGUGAUAGUGCUCUUCCCACUUGUGUAGAAGGUGCUUCAAAAGAUUCCUCCAAGUCAAGUCCUAAAGAACAGAAAAUUACAUCAUAUGAACUGUCAAAUGUUGAUUCAAUUUCAAAAUCGAGCAUGGACUUGACUUCUAACUCUUUCUCAAAGAUGAAGAGACACCCAAACUCCAUGAAUGCUACUCUUGGGUCUACCAGAGUUUGUAAACAAGAAGUGGUAACGGAUGGUCAAAUUAAGUUUCCCUUGGAUGAUCUGACAAAUCAUGAUAUAUUGAAAUCUGUUGUAAAUAAUAAUAGGGGUGUUUCUCCUGGGAUGAAUCACAAGGUCCUUAGGAAACCAUCAGAAAGAGAGAGGAUCUGGUAUAAAGGCUCUCCAAAUAAUCCUAUUGGAAAAGUUCAACUACUACCAACAAGUAAACCUGUAGACUUGUAGUUGGUAGAUAUUUUACUUGUUAUUAGUGUAAAUAGAACUAGCAAUUAGUGGUAUGACUUGCAGGAUAAUCUACCUGUUAGUUUGUAGCUCAGGAUGAUUGUUACAUGAUUUUUAUUUCAUAGCACAAGCGAUAGAGAUUUCUAUACUUGAAUAAAUGACUGCUUUUUGUUAAUUGUGGCAGUAUUUGAACUUUUAAAUUCUAUUUAAAUUUUAUCUCAAAAAACUGAGGUUAUACUUUACCUUUUUAAAGGAAUUGUUGACUGGGUUUAUAGAAAUUUAUUUUUGAAAAUUAAGAAUUUAUUUUUUAAGUGUGGUAGGAAGAGUGGAAUGAGUUUUGCCUAUUUGCUGUUAUUUCUCCUAAAUCAGAUUAAGUUUCUCUGAGAAAUUUCCCGCAUGUAAUUGGAAGAGAUAACCCAGCAAAUCUCAUUUCUUGAGUUACAUUAAUGGUUUUUACCAGAAUCCCCAGAAAUUAAUUUGCUUCAGUAGCCUCAAUUCUUUAUUCCUAUUUGGGGCAGAAUAAUUAAGUUUUUAUUGCCUGUAGAAGUGUGCAGUACAUUCACUUGAAUAUUUGAAGCAGAAGAAUGACUCAAGUGUUGUGUUCAUGUAAUAUGAAGCUGCAGAAGGAAUUGAUGACUUUUAAGCCAUAUUAUGUUUUUAAACAAAUACAUUAUGUUUGCACAAAUACAUUUGCAUCUGUUUUGUCCAAUGUAGAAUUUUAAUUAUUUAAGGAGGAAUAAUUAAAUGAAAAAUUUUAAUAAGGUGAUUUCUUAUAUGCAGAUGCUUGAUUUUAAAAUGUGUAAUAGUGAUGCAUCUAUGUACAUUUAACUUGGAUUCUUAAGCUUUAGAGUCUUAUAAAAAGCCCAUGAUGAUGUUGUCUUGUGUAUAAUGUUAUUUAUUUAGCAUAGACAUUAAAAGUAACUUUAUGGAAAGUGACUUGCCUAAGACUCUAAUGAAAUUAUAGUACCUUUUAGAAUUUGAUUCAAAUUGUCAAGCAAAUCUAUCUAAAUUUAUAUUAGAGUAUUAGAAAUUGCCAAUCUUUAAGGAAAAAAUAUCAUCAAUAGAGGGUAUUCUUUACAUAUUAGAGGACAGAAUAUGCAGAAUAUGCAGGCAGACAGAACUACUGAAGAUGGCUUUGCAGGCCAGUUAUUAAAAUGUCACAUUGAGAUGUUGGAGCAGAAUAAUGUUGCACACCUACUCAGUUGUCACACAGCAAUCAGACGUGUAUGUGUAAUUUCAAGUAAUCAGACAAAUACUACUUGUUAGUUCUACUUGCUAGUGCAUUUAUUUUAUAGCUUUUCCUGUUUCUGUAUUCAUUACCUAGAAAUCAGCCCUUUCUCAAAACUAAUAUUUGACCUCUAUAAAGAUUAAAAAUCUGUAGAUAUGAAUAACAUGUUUAUCUGAUAUAACAGGUUUAUAAUAUAAACAAUGUGUUCCAGAUAUUUCUAGAGAUUGAAAAUAUUCAUGGUACAGAUAGAAGAUAUUCAUAAACUCUAAGAUACGUAUUGUCUGGUUCAAAGUAAUUUUUUUAACUUUUAAAAUAAUGUCCUUUUAUGUCCAUGGGAAUUGGGGUGGGCAUGAAAUGUUGCAUUGGAAGGUUAAUUAAGAAGGCAUUGGAAAUUUAACUGCACAAGCCUGACUUACUGACUUUUCUGGGAGGUUACCAGUAACAGUAUUUUUUUUUUUAAUCACCAUCUGUCACUCCCACUGUUGUGAGCGUGAAGUUUAUACAGAUUUAGUGCAAAAUUUUAAAAGUGAAUAGCUUAGAAGUGUGUUAAUUGGGAAGUCAGGAAAUUUAAAUUUACUCCCGAUUUAGUUCAGUUUUUGUAUGGGAGUGGAAAUUUGAUCAAUCGUCUACAUAUAAACAUACGUAACAAAGCUAUGGGUGCCUAGGAUGUGCAGAAAGCUUAUUUUCACUUUGUUACAAGUAUAAAAAAGGAUUUAAUAUUAACUAUCAUAAGCAACAAUAGAAUUAAUUGGCUUGGCAACAUUCUCUAAUCACUAAGAAGUUAAUAGGAUUUUGAUAAUCAUCAAGGCCCAAGGUGUAUAGGAUAGAUGCUUUAAAAUGAUGAAAUUUCAUAUGAAAUAUACUUUUAUGUGUUUCAGUUCUCCAGUCAGCACAAAAAGUAAAUUGUUAUGAUUUUGCCACUUUCCCAAGAACAAAAUAAAGGUAGCAAAUGACAACGUUAAAGCAAAAUUCAGAAUUGGAAAAAUACCUUAAUUUGUGCAAAUAAUAAAUAUUGAUCCCCAGCAUGAUCUUUGAGUCUAGAGCCAAUAGAUAGUACCUUAUCCUGUUGAUUUAGCACGAAUUAAGCAAAAAGCUGUGAACAAGAAUACCAUGGAAGAAAAAGCACCAGGAAGGACGUUUGGCUUUAAACCAAAAGGCACAUACAGCCUUUCGUGUCUUAAAUUUUGCGGACCCAUCUUCAUUGCAUAAAAUUUCUGUAGCUGAUGAUAGAUUUGAAGCUUACAAAGAUCUGUAUUCUAACCUGAGACUGAAACACUUUACUCGUCCUUAAGUCUUACAAUCUGUAUUUAAUGUAUGACUACAUUUCAGUUUUUGUAUUUAAACAAAAUUCAAAUGUUCAAGGUUGCACAUAGGUGCUCUAUAAAAAAAAAAGUGGUUCUCCCUCAGCAGUGUACUUCGGUCCUUCUGCCUGCUCUGCUCCCCGCUCUGGCUCUGGUGAAUCCUCUCACCCUCCCGUGCUUCUGACUGUACCCAGCGCAUGUAUAAACAAAACAAACAAACAAAUAAAUAAAUAAAA